AUGCACCCCCUGUCUCCCCCCACGGCCGGUACUCACGCCUGCCCGGAGGGGACGGGGACGGGAACGGGCGGGAAGCGGCGGGGCGGCCCCUCAACACGCUCCGCGGCGCCUUCCGCUUCCCGGGGUGAGAGGUGGCGGGGGCGGGACGGCGGAACACCGGGACAGCGCCGCCGGUACGUGAGGCUGCCGCGGAAAGGAGGGAAACCUCGUUUGGAUGAGGUGGCUGGACGACUCCGUCAAUAUGAAGAAAGUCUCUCUUCCCCCCUCAUCUCAGCUGUUGAGAAACUGUCCCAGAAGGUCCAGCAACUUGAAGAGAGUAUGUCCUACUCCCCACCUGUACAGGCCAGCAUCUCGGCUAUCAGGAACUAUCUCAGGAGAGGAUACUUCAAGGACCCAAAAGGAUACCGGUGGGCUUUUGGCAUAGCUGCCUUGGAGACGGAAGAAACUGAACAGUUAUCCGCCUUGCCUGGUCUCUCGGAGGACCCCUCUGUGUUGAUUCGUCAAUCAGAGACUCAAGGAAUGAUCAGUAAGACUUGUUCACCCUUUAAUAGUCCCAUAUGGCCAGUGCGAAAAUCUAAUGGAGAAUGGAGGCUAACAGUGGAUUGUCGUGGCCUGAAUGAAGUCACGCCACCGCUGAGCGCUGCCGUGCCGGACAUGCUAGAGCUUCAACAUGAACUGGAGUCGAAGGCAGCCAAGUGGUAUGCAACAAUUGAUAUCGCCAAUGUGUUCUUCUCGAUCCCUUUGGCGGCAGAGUGCAGGCCACGUCUGAUUGUGAACCCUCUAUAUCAAGUGACCCAGAAAAAGAAUGAUUUUAAGUGGGGUCCUGAGCAACGACAAGCUUUCGAACAAAUUAAGCAGGAAAUAGUUCGUGUAGUAGCCCUGGCGCCAGUCCGAUUAGAUGGUGAAUGGUUAGAACAGAUGUCCAAAGUGGCGCUAAUGAAAGGCACUGUUGAUUCUCUGGAAACUGAGAUGAAAAGAUUGGCAAGAAGAGCACUGGACUCUGAAACUGAGCUGAGCCGACAGGAAGCUGAAUAUGCUUCACUUAGUUUAUUGAAUGAAAAAACAGAACAGAAUCUUUCAGAGACUCUACAAAGCCUUGCUAAGAAAAGAUGGGAAAUGCAACUUACUCAUAAGAAAAUUAUACUUUUGGAUGAAAAAAUUGAUAACUUUUCAAGACAAAGUCAUGUACAACAAGAGGAGCGUGCUUUGAAAGAAACACUUGCACAACUUGAUAAAGAGAAAGCAACUUUGCAAGACUGUGUGGAAGAAGGAAGAGAGAAGAUUGCUACUUUUGAGGAAAGCCUGGCAAUUAAAGAGAGGGAGAACUGCGAACUUUUGGAGACUUACCACAGAGCACGUGAACAAGGAGAAACUUGGGAAGCAAAAUGCCAUCAAGCAGAAGAAGACUGUAGCUCUGUUAGAGAGGCACUGAUCAGUGCGGAGUCUGAGAACUGCAGAUUGAAAGGGAAAAUGGAGUCCCUUGGAACAGAGAUAGAGCAACAUUUAACAACAGACGCCGCAAACAAGUCUCAGAUUUCUGCCUUAAGCAAGUCUCUUGUGAAAAUUAGAGCUUCAAAAAUACAUCGUGAGAGAGUUUCUAUAAUUGCAAAUCUCACAUCUACACAAUAACUUUGCAUUAAACUAGAUGCAAAGAAGGAUUAAAUAAAUCAGCAGUUAAUUUACACAGCAGAGAAGGUAAAAAGGCUGCAGAGCAAGUGUGAGUCAUCCAAUUCUGAAAUAGAGCUGCUGAGAAAACAACUGGGAAAUGAAAGAUCGUCUAUGAAAAACAUGGAAUUUUUGCUUGUGUCCAGUCAUGAGAAAGAAUUUCAGUCACAGACAGCAAAGCAAGAAAAAGACUCUGAAAUUCAGUUUCUCAAGAAACAGCUUUCUUUAGCAGAAAAUAAACUUGCUAUGCAGAGUCAAGAUUUUACUCAGCUCAGAAAUAGAGCAGCUCAGCUAGAGUCAGAACUGGAUAUCACCCAAAGGCAGCUGGGGACUGAGUGCUUUGAAAGGGAAUGUGCUGUACAGGAGCUUCGAUGCCAGAGUCGUACAAUCUCAUAUCAGUUAAGCUCUAUGUUAAGAACAUCAUCACCUGAACAUUCCCGUCAUCGAUCUCCUGAUUGGCUUUUGGACUGGUCCCUGGAAGGAUAA